UGUCGCUACCUGCCGUCACCUGCAGAAAGCAGCGUUUCAUGGAGGGCUGCCGCGUGUUGCCCGCUCCUGGAACAUGCCUGGAACGCUGCUUCCUGCAGGUGCCACAAUUUUCGUAGGAAACUCUAUGGUAACGACAGUUGGUGAAUCAAGUUUAUGCUUGCGCCGUCGCGGCUGCAGCUCGCAUACCCAUAAGCGCAGGCAAAUUUCCACUUUUUUCUUAAAACCAGGCAAUUAACUAUGCCAAGUGUUAUACUAACUAAAUGAAGUCAACGCCAAAAUGCGAUCUUUCUGCAAAAGUUGAGCAAGAACAAUUCAGCAGUGAGCGCAAAAUCUUUUUUUUUUAAUUUUUGAACACGCGCAGCCAAAUAUUCAGGUUCCUGUAUUUAGGGACUUGUAGUAGUUCGGUCAGGCCACCUUGUAUGUACGGCAGGUCUCGCGUGUUCAUUCAUUCUGCUGGCAGUGUAACUCACUCACGCGUAUUACCAUGCCGUUUUUCUAAGAUCCUCUUUCAGCUUUAGGUUGGGACAGUACUUUUAUACAGAACCACAUGUAUUGCGUGUCUGCACUAGAAUAUACGAAAGGUGUGGUUUCGACGACUGCAUCCAAUGACACAUGGAGCCGUGCACUUCUUAAGAAAAUUUAGUCAUGUGCUUUUCGGCCGCCACUUGGUGGCAACCAACGCCACAAUAUCAACAGUCAUGGGCAUUGUCGGUGACCUCGUCCAGCAGCACUACGAAGUUAUGUCCGGCCACCAGGUUGCCAUCAAUUCAGUGCGGACAUCGCACAUGGCAGCGGCUGGUCUGACUACUGGCAUGGUGUGUCACUAUUGGUAUGUCUUACUCGACCGGUGGAUGGUGGGGCGGUCCGUGCGCACUGUUUUGCUGAAGGUGCUCUAUGACCAAGUCGUGUUUUCACCCAUCAAUCUUGUUGUUUAUUUUGGCACGGUGGGUUUGCUAGAGCGUUCCAGCUGUGCCAAACUGAGCCAUGAGCUCUGGUUUAAAGGUGGUGCCAUCUAUAAGGUUGAAUGGAUAGUUUGGCCACCUGCACAGUUUCUCAACUUUUAUGUCCUUCCUCUUAGGUAUCGUGUCUUCUUUGACAACCUCAUUUCCUUUGGUUUUGAUGUGUACUUACCGUAUGUCAAGUAUAAGGACCACAGGCCUCACACCAACCACAGCUGAUUGUUUUGCGUGUUGAACUACUGUUAUUGUUUACAAAGGCUAAAGCAGUCGCAACAGAAAACAAAGUUUCUACAUCUUCAGUAAGCCUAAGACAUGUGUGAAGGUGCCUUGGAAAGUGGAGCUUAACAGAAUUGCACUGAAUCUAUGGGAUACUAAGCAGAGAUUCGCACUGUCACAAGGAAGUAAAUGCCAGCCUAGUGGCCAGGUGCCUUUUACUAUUUUUGCGAUAUGUUCAACUGAACUGAACGAUAAAGCUUAAGAGGAAGCUUUAGCUCGGGUGCUCCUAUCUAAAUACAUGUAAAAGGAGAAUUCGUUUUUCUCGGCAACCACUGCACCAAAUUUGAUAAGGUUUGUUGCAUUUGAAAGAAAAACUUAAAAUCUGGUGACUGUUGGUUUCAGAUUCUUUAUUUAGGUCGUGAAUUUUUAAUUAAAAAUUGGCAAAAAUUGGAAAUUUUCAUAGAACGAAACUAUCAAGUUUACAACUCUGUAACUCAGCAACGAAAAUUCAUAAUACAAUUCCCUGAAUUGCACCUAAUAGUACAUCUCAAGCGGACAAAAUUGAUAUCUUACACACAAAUCUCAAAAAAUGUAAUAUGGAAAUACAGCUUUUGUAGAACCCUUGUAAACAACGUAACGAAUUCACGUAAUAUAUAAAAUGACGUAUCGAAUUUGUCUGCUUUGAAUGAUCUAAUGGAUGCCAUUUACAGAACCGAGAUACCUGUUUUUUAUGCAUAGCUAUGAAUCUGUAAACUUCGUGCUUCUAUUUUUUUCAAAUUUUCGAAUUUUUGAAAAUAUUUUUAACAAAAUUCAAGACCUAAAUAAAAAUUCCGCGACCAACAGUCACUAGAAUUUAACUUGUUCUCUCAAAUGCAACAAAUUUCCUUAAAAUCGGUCUAGGGGUUAUCUCAAAAACGUUUUUGUGUUUUUACAUGUAUUUGAAUAGGCCGCGUCGGAGUUGGGCCCGAGCUAAAGCUUCCUCUUAACAGAAUUCAUCUUUGGAGUCUAGUGUAUCUCGAAGUUCUGUUGACGCACCAAGUGUAAUGAUGUUUACAAGAAUUCUUGCAUGAAAAACAUGAUUGCCACGUCUGUUUCACACUGCUUCAGUGCAGGUGUGGUACUAUAUCAUAUUUAGCUUCCUCCUCCUCUUCUUAGAUGAGUUUUUUGCCAGAUGUGCAGCAAAACCAAAAUGGAUUUAAAGGGACACUAAAGGCAAAUACUAAGUCGACAUUGACUGUUUAAAUACCAUUGCAGAAACAUCAUAAUGCAUGUUUCAUGCCAAGAAAAGACUUCGUUUAUGGGAAAUAUAUAUCUAAAGGGUACGAAUACCUUUUCUGAAAUUCAAAUCUCCCGCCACCCAACCGGGGGAGUGGUGACAUUACAUACGCCAUCACUAAAUUAAGGGGCUUUAGCCAUCAUCACCCUGUGCUGCUGCCAGUGAGUAAAAUGGCGGCCGACAGACGGCGGUACCGAGCCAAGACAGAGCGGCGGAUUCGCCGCUGCAGCUGUUGUUUGGUCAAGUGGCAUAGACCGUUCGGGCAUCCCGCAACAUCACAUGCAAGUUGAAUUCCUUGCUACUUGCAGUUUGUGCAAGUGUCGCAAGCCAGCAAAACCAGCGCAGCACUACGCGAUAACGAAACUACUGAAAUGCGAAAGCGUGGGCGGCGCAGAGUCGAGCGAAAACAAAACCUUUCGACCACCCGCGUCGUUAUCAAGGGUGAAUUCAGUGAGUUCUUUUUCUGAAUAUGAAAUAGAACUGGACAAGUAGCAUUUUUUUUCAUCCUAUAAUACAGUACAAGGAUGUUUUCAGAAACGAGUGGUUGAGUACUAGUGCCAGAACUUAACUGAGGAGUGCUUUCGUCAUCGGGCAAGUACUUGAAUGCCCCGGGAGAGUCUCUAAUCAUGUCCUGCAUUUACCUCAAUUUCUCGAUUACUAAAGCUCUGUUUGCAAUAAUAUUGACGCCUUAGAGAUUCUUGGGCACUAAUCUAUCACCUUAGCUUGACUUAGUAGUUGCCUUUAGUGUUCCUUUAAUAUAUAUAUGCUGAGUGAUUGAAAUGUGUCACAAGGCUCUGCAAAAUGCUAUAAGGGGACCACCAUAGUAGAUGUCAGGCAUACCAGGUUCACAAGAUUGUUGAGGACAUGGCUUCGAUUUGCCAUAGGCAUUAACAUCACAUUCUAUUUCUCUAGGCACUAAACUUUGCCUUCACUAACCCCUUUGUCACCUAUUUAGCAAAUUUAUUUGAAAGUAAGGGCUUCCAACCUGACACAGGAGAUGGAGCUGUGCCUUGCCUCAGUCGCAAACAACGGUGACUUGCAGAUUGCUACCAUCUUGAAUGUUGCCAAAUCUUUUCUUUUUGGGCUGAGACAACAGUUUGUGGGCAAUUAUGAUCUUAACCGAAGAGAAAUAAGCAUUGCCAGUGGUCAGGUGUCAUUUAGGCAAUUGAGUUUCUCCAGCAGAUAAAGGCUGUGAUGAGUGAGAAUCAUGAAAAGCAAAUUAUGACCAUUGUGGAGCAGCAUCAAGUGGCCAAUUCAGCAGUUAAGUUUUCUAUGCACAGUGUCAUUAGACGCUAUUCCUAAGUAAUGGAUUUGCUUGCUUCUACAGUGCCUGCACUACCCGAGAGUAGCUAGCUGUGAACUUCUGUGGCUGUGUCACUUUAAAAGUGGUGUCCUAGUUCUGAACAUGAACCUGCUACACUGCUAUGUAUGGGGGGGCAUCACCAAGAAAGAGACAAACAGCCACACAAUGCUAAAAAUUCAAAGGGCUACCAUUGUGGAAGCACUGCCAAACAUCAACACACACAGAUAUCUGUUCUGAGCAUGCAGUCAUUAUUGAAGUUGAAGUCAGUUAGUAGUUGAAGCUGAGGAUUGUUUUGUUCAACUGUCUUGGAAAACAGUGGUAUAAGAAACAACGUAAAAGAUUUGGAACAAAUAUAUCUAUUCUUGUUUGGAAUAUUGUUGCUUUUGGGAAGUUGUCACUAUGUCCUCAAAUACCUCAUGUACCUGUUAUUCUGUCAUAUGGCAUUCUUUACGAUACAUCAAAACCUUAGCGCACUCAAUGUCGUGCUCAGCAGCAAAAUACACCAACAGUAAGCCACUUCAGUUGCAUGUUUGAACAAAUUAAGAUGGGCCAUCUGGCUGGUUCACAAUAAUCCAUCAUCAGAAAUCGCACAUGAAAAAUAGACGCAAGUUUCAAAGUUCUGCUUGUGUGUCUUGCUUUGCUCAAUGUGUACUUUAUAAAGAAUUUGCUUUCUUCCCUUCGAGUCGUGUUAACUACACAAACUGUAAUUUACAGUGUACAGUCACAUCCAGGGCAAACCUGUUGCUAAAUUCUGAGUGUGAAAGCUAUAGUUAUGUUAUACUUAGUCAAUAUGCCUGUGUACACCACAUUCCACUCUUAAAGGUAACAUCCACUUCAAACUUUGUCAUCAAUUUCAGCUGAGAUGUGAUGUGAAGGCAUGCACACUAUACUCGCAUUCACAGAUGCCUGACUGGUGCUUCAUACAAGGCCCUCUUUUCUGAUUAAGUUGAACAUAUUCACUUUAUUACUGUUUAGGUGUUUCCUUUGAGAGUGCACAUUACUGUGUGUGCAUGAGUUCUCAUGUAUGGCCUACUCAUAACUGUGUGCUUCAGACAAUUCACUGUAAAGCAAUGGCAGCAUAAUUUAACUUUUUAAUAAUCAAAACUAAUACGAACAAGUUACAUUUAAGUGAAAACAAGAGCACUGGUAAAAGCAGCAUGACAAUAAAUUUCACUGCAGCCUGAGGUUUAUAGAAAGCUUGAUUACAGUUUCUACAAAAGGGCUUGUGUUACUGCAGCAUGUCUAAAAAAGAAAAUAAUGUUUGUGAUUUGACAAUAUAUUUUCAUUCUUGCAGCUGAUAUCGUAAGCCUUUUUUUUUUUUCUUCAGAUAUAUAAAGCCAUAAACAAUGAUAGUGGUGACCAACAUUUGGCAUAAAAUUAUUGAACGUCUUAAUUGCUGUGAGGCUUUCUGCAUAGCAGCAGCAACAGCAGCAGGUUUCAUGAUAGAAUGAUAGGGGUCGCAAACUUGCCUGUGAAGUGUUUCUGUUACAAACAUGUUGUGUUAACAUUGACAUGGUAAUGAACAGUGCAACGUUGGCAGCUGUGCAUGUAUAGAUAGCAGUAGAUGCUGUGGCUGUUUUGUGUAUUUAUUCUACUUUAAGUGCCUUACAAUGAGAGCUCUGUAAAUAUUGCUGAAUCUUUCUUGUGUCACACAGAGGCAUGCAAACCAGCAUGGAGUCUUACUCUGUCCUAUGUAUACAAAUAUGUAAAUAUGUGUAAUGAUUCUGUAUAUGUAUCUUUACUGUUGCUUUUUAUUAAAUUUUAUUUUUCAUUAGGUA